GUCGUAGACACCAUCGUAGAGUACGAUGGUGUCUUGUGCCACCUUAAUAUCGGUUUUGACCUUAUAUCUAGGCGUAGUGCACGCGAUACGCUUUCAUAUAAAGCCAAACACCAAGCGCUGCCUGAAGGAUGAGGUACUCAAAGACGUCCUCGUUUCUGGCGAGUACCACGUCUCCGAGACGCCGGGUCACAAGACAGACCUGACAGUCAAGGACAGCAAUGGACACAUACUUUACAACAAGGAUGACAUCAAAGAAGGCAAGUUCGCCUUCACCACAGAUGCGUAUGAUGUGUACGAGGUGUGCUUCACCACCAAGAUGCCCUGUGAGGUGAAAGGUGGGGACCGGGAAGUCCAGCUCCAGCUCAAGCAUGGUGCAGAGGCCAAGAACUACCAAGGCCUGGCCGAAGUAGGCAAGCUGAAGCCUCUAGAGAUGAAGCUCCAACAGCUGGAGGACCUGUCGGAGGCUGUGGUGAAGGACUUUGCAUACAUGCGCCAACGGGAGGAAGAGAUGCGCGACACCAAUGAGUCAACCAACUCGCGCGUGCUGUACUUCUCCAUCUUCUCCUUGUGCUGCCUGCUUGGACUGGCCACCUGGCAAGUUCUCUACCUGAGGCGGUUCUUCAAGGCAAAGAAACGAGUGAACAAACAGUUGGAUCUGUGAGUGUUUGUGGAGGGGGGUACACGUACAGGAGGGACAAUAAAAACACACUGCGUACACUUAGUAUGUGGAGGUCCACAGAAAACGUUUUUUUUUAAAUCUACAAGAAGAAAUUGUCUCUAUUUAUACGAAUUUUGAAAUUGUAAUAAGA